CUCGAACACUGCCUUCCUUCGCCAUGUCAACGCCUUCUGUCAAACAUGCAUUUUGGGGGAGUCUAUCUUGCGAUUUCCUCCCUCUGGAAAGCAUUCAUAAUUUCCGUUUUUCCUCAGUUUGCUUUGAAAUAACAGAUAAAUUAUUUCCUAAAGCAGAAAAACUGCAAGUAUAUAGUGUUAGGGAAUUUUUUAUGAACCUCGGCGUAGCUUUGGCCUGACUUGGAGGGAGGAUAAGCGCAAGACAGAACAGCAAAAUUCGCACGGGAUAAAUGCGCGAGACAUUGCGAGAGUUGUGAGGAUACAUUUCCGGGUUCCUAAAUCAGCUGAGGGGUGGACAACAGGUGAAGAUAGUUGUUGCUAAAAGACCACAACAGGAAUCGGUUUUAUCUGCAAACUGCCAACGAUAGAAAGUCAUAGAAUGCUGCCUAUAGUCUUCGUAACAGGUUUUGGACCUUUUGGAGAUCAUGAAGUCAAUGCCAGCUGGGUGUCCGUUCAGGAAAUGGCAAAGCUUGGCCUAGGAGAGGAUGUGGACCUCCGAGUUGAAGAGCUGCCUGUGUACCUGUGUGACUUUUCCUACUACACUUCCUUACACUGUGGUUCGAGGAAUGCAGCCUUCAUACAUGUUCCACCUCUCGACAAGCCUUUCUCUGCACAAGUGCUUGGCUCAGCUCUAAGGGAAAUCAUCUUAACCAUGCUGAAAUUCCUCAAGGAGAAAAAAGAGGAGGGAACAGCUGGCCUCUCUUUGCAAAAUCACUGUUGACACCAAGCACAAUAUUAUGAAGUCUUGAUGAGCAAGAUAUUCAUUGGCAUCGUGUUGGUGUGCAAUGGUGACUGUGAUUUUGAUGUGUAUUAAAUCCCAAAGUGCUCUUGUUUUUCUACCUCUAUAAGGCUCUUAAGGUAUUUUAAAUUGUUGAAGGGACAAUGUUGACCUGUGUGGAAUUAGCCAUCAUAUCUACAGUCAUUCAGAUCAUCCCAGAAUAGCUAUAUAGGCAGCAAUACUGUGCACAUUGUUUUCAAAGGCUUUUGAUUGUGUUUUAAUUUUCCAAACAUUACAUACAUGUACAUACUAGUUUAUGUCAUUGUGAAAAAACUACAGGAGAAAUACAACGUACAUAAAUUGGUAUUUUUGUAAGGGUUUAAUGUAUUGAGAGGAAAACUCUUCUUACUUUUCACUGUUAUGUAAUUGUUCUGCUUAUUUCAGUAUGAAGUUCUAUGAAUAAGUGUGCUUAUUUGUAUUUUUCAAUUCUACAUUCAAUAACAAAAAAAUCAAAGAAAUUAUAUUAAGGGCAGAAUAUGGAACAGUACAUCCUUGCCUUAUUUAGAUGUGCUCCUCAUGUCUCUGCCCAAGGUCCAAUUAACUGAAUAAAGUAUGCCGUGGAAGUUGUAGAUAGUGAAUGUUGAUACAGCUUACAUUGACAUGAAAGAAUUCAAUAGUGACUAAUGAAAAGUUGCCACUUUUGCCAACAAUGGAAAUCAACUGCCUUGCUCUUUGCCUUAUAAAUUAGUCUUGCGUAUCUGAAUGUAUGCUGUACAAAAAUGAUAGAUCACUAUGAUGUUUUUUAAGUAUCUACAGGGCUGGUUUUACUGUAAUCAUAUCAUACAUUUAUUUUAACUGUAAAGUUGUCCUGUGUGCCAAAGGUGAGCUGUUGUACUGUUCCUAAGAAAAGUUAAUAUACAGAUUGGAUUGAAACAGUAGUCAGCUAUGUGGCUGUUUGUUGCUGUAAUGUUUUACAGUAUAACAUUCUUGUUGCUUUAUAUGUAUAUACUACAUGUAUUGUCCAAUCUAGCCUACAGUUUUAACAAUAUUCUUUGUUA